AUGUUCAUCUCCCGAGUCAAAUACUCAGAUUUCCACCCCGGAUUCACCAAGAUUUUCAGUCAGCCAUCGUUCCGCGGGUUUGGCUCCGCCAACGAUUUUGAAAACGAAGGAUACUCGCUAUCUGCACCGACUGUCAUGAUCGACAGGAAAUGCGAGUCAAGUCGAAACGAGCGGGCCAAAGUGCACAAUAUGCCGAAUAAUGAAGAAGAACCAUUGAUGGUUCCUCCAUCCGACGUGACCACUUGUCUGCCUAGCUCAGCGAUGCAUUCAACCGAAUCAUCCCAACGGAUCUCAAACACAGAAGAUAUGACAGUGUGCCUAGAAGCUCAGAUACAGGCCAAGUUCAUUCCCAGCAGCAUUGAACCAGAGACGACGAUUGCUCCCUCAGCUGCGACCGCAUUCCAAUCUGCGGGAGACCACGAUUCUUACUCUCAGGAUCAUUCGAGGUCUGAUAAUCUGUCGUUUCAAGCUGAUGCAAAUAAACCUUCGACCUUUGAACCCAACGAAGAUCUCAAACGAGACGAGAAGCGGAUUGAGAACACCGUUCAACAACGAACCGAGAUAAUUAUGUCUGACUCUGAGGGUGCUGAUCAUUCCUCAUCUUCGACAAGUGAUCCUCAACUCUUCAGCAACCUGCGUCAAGAAUCGACCAUUCUUGAUGAGACCAUCGAAAUGCCGAAAACGAACGAUUUGCCUCCCUCUUCACCCCAAAUGCGUAUGGAUACAUUAUCGUCCCCGGUGUGCUCACCUCCUCAUCUUACUCUGUAUCCACUUCCUAUGUCAGACCCGAUAGUUCUCUCUGGAGAAUACUCAAGACACACCUCGGACGGCAUUGUCGAUCAAGUUCAGGAGGGCAUUGUGACUACGCAUGGCUCUGUUGAGAAAGAGGCACCGACCUAUGAAGCUUCGACGAUUCUUACUCGAGUUGCUCCAAAUUAUCCUAGUACCGCGAGCCUACAUCGCUCAAAGAAGAAGAUAACCCAACCUUUCCGAUCGCCGCUCCUUCUGAAACGUACGAAUUCCAAAGAAGGCCAGAAUGAGCAUAAAUCAAAAGUUAUCACCCCAAGUGCUCGAAAGACCAUGGUCAGCAAGAUCAAAGCAAGCGGUUCUGCUGCAGCACGAGCUGCUUUCAAAUCCCCUCUGCGCGGUGACAGGUCAGUCACCUCAGAAGCGAACCAAAAGCAGCCUCGGACGUUCACGGCAAAUGCGAAAAGAUCCGAAAUUCACCAGCUUGAGCAACGUCUACAACUCCUUCGACGAGCGGUCAAGAUCAAACAAAGCGGAGAAGACGGGGAGCUUGAGGUUCUCGUAACGAAAUGGCGUGAUAUAGCAAAGGAGGUGGCUUGGGAGCUUUGGGAGAUUGUCAAGGAGGGAAGCGUCGGUGAUGCACAAGACUCGUACGCACCGACGAACAGGGAAAUUCGGUUUGGUUCAAGAAGCACACCUUUCAUGCGAGAUGAUGGAUUCGACAGGAACUGGGGAUGGAGUGAAGGGGAAGAGAAGGCAGGACCAGGCACAGAGGGUAACGCAGAGACGCCACUAGAAGAAGAUACUGAGCAAGAGAAACAUCCGGAAAGGACCAUGGGCAUCAUGCUCAAAGAGCUGGGAAUUGCAGACGAGACGCUUGGGUGGAACGAGGACGAAGGAGACUUUGUCACAGUAUAA